CAAACCUACAUACUUUCCCUUUCUCUCAUCACUUUGUCGGCCUCUGUCCAUUUUCUUCUUCUUCUCUCUCUCACACACACUUAAAAUACAGUAGUACGUACACAGACCAUCCCGUAUCACUAGAAAAAACGCGACUAUUACUAAAAAACGUAACAUCAAAGAAGAAAUAAUUCAAGAUGGCAUACACUUCUCUGUCAAGAACCAGCAGUUGUGAAAGCACCAACAAUAUCAUCCCAGUAAACUUACCAAGAUCAUCGUCUCUAAACCUUGAAUCCUCGGACGUAUUCCAUGAAAGGUCUCUUGUCCGGAGAGAUUCUUCUGGCACGUUCCAUCGUCUAAACAAAGCCACCCGUAGUGGAUUGACAUCCCUUCUCAGAUCACUCCUCCACUUUAUCUCCUUCCCUAUCAUAGUCAUCCCAGUAUGUAAAUGGCUCGCAAUUCCAACUCAGCUCUCGAUUGUGCCCUCUCUGGGCCGUAGAGUCACCGGUACCCUAUUUGGUUACAGGAGAGGUUACGUGAGCUUUGCCGUUCAAGUUGAUCCAACUUCAGCUCCUGUGUUAAUAAUCGAAUUUGCUGUUUCAACGUCAAUGCUAGUGAAGGAGAUGUCAUCAGCACUAGUCCGGAUUGCCCUGGAGUGCGAAAAGUCCCCACCUCCGAAUCGUGGUGGCAGCCGCCAGUCACCAGUGAGGUUGUUCAAUGAGCCAAUGUGGACAAUGUACUGUAAUGGGAGGAAGUGUGGCCAUGCACAGUCACGGUCGUGUACCGAGUCAGACUGGCACUUACUCAACACAGUCCAGAGAGUGUCCGUCGGAGCCGGCGUGAUUCCAGUGGUGGAAGAUGGCAAGAAAAAGGGUCCCUCAGAAGGCGAGUUGCUGUAUAUGAGAGCUAGGUUUGAGCGAGUCGUGGGAAGUCGUGACUCGGAAGCUUUUUAUAUGAUAAACCCGGACGGCAAUGGAGGGCCAGAACUCAGUAUUUUCUUGCUUAGGAUGUGAUUUUAUGUUGCAGAGGGAAUAUCAGAAUAUAAGAAAUUAAUUAAUUAUAAUUGCGCGUUUGAGACUUUAAUAUGUCUGUUUAGGUACCUUGUAUCCUGUAUUUCAUUUCCUAAAAAAGA